AUUCAUCAGUUCACGAUGGAAGCUCAACAGACCAGGAACACCUCUGCUGACAUAAUGUAUUUUAUUUACCCGGUGGACUCAGCUCAUUGUAGAAAUGGUAUAUCUCGAAAUAUUUCAUUGAAUGAUCUCGGAUGUCUCCCUUUUGACUUCUUUUAUUCUUCAAGCGCUCACCGAGAAGGUUACCGCAAAGUUCUGCUCAUUAAUCGAGGCCAGGAUUCACCUCUUGAGGUUACACUAGAUGAUUAUCAACCUUGUUGCGAUCAGACGAUUCAAGAAUGGUUUUUCGCGAAUAUUUCAUUACGCGGGAAUUAUAUUGCUAGGCGACCAACAGGCAAGUCGUUGCACGCGGAUCUCAUCGGGACGUCUGCCCAAGUGGUUGAUGGAAAUAUCGCUUCUUGCUUUACGAUGAAACGAAUAAUAUCCAACGACGAACCUCUUUGGUGGAGUGUUACUCUGGGAAGAAAGGCAUUUGUUUACAAAAUGUUGGUGUUAAACAGGCCAGACUGUUGUUUAGACCAAUUUCCUAACCUACAUGUUACAUUAAGAAACCGCAAGGAAUUUGCUUUAGCAAACUGCGACGUUUAUGAUUGGAGGACAGAGUAUAAGAGAUUGAUGAUGUGCGAACCGUCUAUUGAGGCUACGAGUGUAACCAUAUCGGCUCAUGAUGUCGCCAGUUUAACUCUCUGUGAGGUUUUGGUCACUGCGACGGGCUAUGAGGUAACUGCCCAUGGCGUUCGUCAAGAACUUUGGUAUCAGAUACCUUCUACAGCAGUAGAAAAUUUGUUAGAUGACGGGAGGUUUCCGAAAAGUCCAGAUGCUGUCAGGAUUCUUCAAAAUUUGGAUGCGGGGAGCAAUUUUCACUACAAUUACGGACAACGCCUUGCAACAUACCUUCAGGUUCCAGAAAAUGGAAAUUACACAUUUUACGUUGCAUGUGACGAUGCUUGUCAGCUAUGGCUUCACAUGCCCCAAGUGAACAACUUGGUGGAUGAAAACGAUGAAGAAACAGGCAAGAAGCGUUUGGCUGAAUUAAAGUCGGGCUACUGGACGGAUUAUAAUCAGUGGAAUAAGUACCCUUCAUCGCAGACUUCUGAAGAAAUUUGGUUGAGUAAAUGCCACUUCUAUUUCAUUGAAACACUCAUGAAACAAGGAGUUGGGAAAGACUGUUUGUCAGUGGGAAUGAAGUUACCAAACGGCACUUACGAGCGUCCCAUUCAAAAAGCACACUUGUUCUGGGUUCGGCCUGGAGUGACUUAUGUAGACUUUGAGAUGGACUUCCUUCCUAAAGUUAUCAGGACUGGUCAAGAGUUUUCCAUCCAGGCUACUUAUAAACACUGUUGUCGUGGAUUACUUUGCCCAAUGUGUCCGAUUCAACUUUACUUUGAAUUUGCUGGGAAAACAAGUCUCGUUGACAGCAGCUUGAAAGUGGAUUGUCAAGAAAAAUAUUUCAAUACCACACUCGAAACUGUGCUUCAAGAGGGAAUCUAUUUCUUAAACAUUUCAUAUAGAUUGGAGGAAGAGAUAUCACAUUUAACUGAAAUAAAUAGGCAAAUCGGCGAGGUGCAUAUUAAAGCUUUGGAAAUCAAUGGUUGCAGAUUCACUUCUGACUUGUGUUCUUGGAUAAAUACCGAUCAAGGAUGGAAACUUGCAAUUGAGUCAGGGAUCCUUGUUCACGAAAGCAACAGACCGGCUGUUCUUGAGAGUCCCUGGAUAAUCACCAAUUCUAUGAGCCAGAAACUUGGGUUAUGUUUAACCCUCUCUUACUUUCUUCCGACUAAUUAUGGAUCUAUUAGUAUUAUCCUGAUAGCGAAGGCAAAUUCGUCAAUUUGGAGUCUCACUGGGUACCAGGGUAGUGCCUGGCUCAAUGGAAAAGUAUCAAUAAUGACAGACGAGAAUUUUAAGGUAAGAAUAGUUGCUGAGGGGAAACAAUCAUCAAGUCAGCACAGAACAGCUGUUGAUAAUAUAACAAUCUCUACCAAAACAUGUGAGCGAUCUCCGCCUCAUAGUUCACCAGACUUCACUUGUAAAGCUAACAGCUUCCAGUGUGACAACGGACAAUGUAUUCACAAAGAAUUGGUUUGCGAUGGUGACUCUGCCUGCGUGGACGACUCAGAUGAAAAAAAUUGUAACUGCCUUACUACUCAGUUUAUUUGUCCAACUGGAGAAUGUCUCGACGAGAAUGACUUGUGUGAUUCAAAGCAGGGCUGCAAGGACAAAUCUGACGAAUCCAGAUGUGGAAGCAGCUGUCCCCAAAAUAGAUUCUCCUGCGCUGGUGGUGAAUGCCUUCCAUGGUCUUUAACAUGUGAUUUUAAAAGAAACUGUGAGGAUGGUACGGAUGAGCCAUCUAUAUGUGGUUAUUCAAACUGCUCACUUUUAGAUUUAGGAUGUGCAAAACCUAACUACACGCACGUUACAUCUCCGCAUGCAUGUAGUGGGAACAGAGCUAAGUGCGACUUCCAGGAUGGCCUUUGUGGAUUGACAGAAGAUUCCAAAGUUCGAUGGAGCAUUGGCUCAGGUUCAACACCCACAAAGGAUACUGGACCGGACUAUGACCAUAGCACAUAUGGACCUGCAGGAAGGUACAUUUAUCUUGAGGCAUCAGACUAUGGUGCUGGUGACGCUGCUGUCUUGACUAGUUAUGCAAUCGGUGCUGGCAUAGCAACAUGUGUGCAGUUUUGGUAUCACAUGAAAGGAAAAGACGUGGGCAGUUUAAAUGUAGUGAUCCUGAAGAAUGACUCAAGGAUAAUAGUAUGGAGUCAAACUGGCCAGCAAGGUGCUGAUUGGCUCUUUGGUCAAGUUGGAUACAAAGACGUUUUUAACAGCUACAAGAUUAUGAUAAAGGGUGUUCGUGGAAAUGGUGUUCAUGGAGAUAUUGCUUUAGAUGAUCUUCUCAUCCUGGAUGGAGAAAAUUGUCAAACCGUAUAUGGAAAUGAAAACCCCGGAUGUCUAUUUGAGCAAGGUCAUUGCAAUUGGAAGCCCAGAGGAACAUGGCUGAUGAGCAAGUUUUCCCCUUUGAGAUUCUUCUUAAGGGAUUGGGAAGGCACAAGUGGCGGUUUUACUUAUGACAAAGGAUGUUCAAGUCUGGCUAACGGAGGGGCAGGAUGUUACGGAAGUUUAACAAGCCCACAUAUCUCCGCUAGAGCGGGUUGGAAGUGUUUGCAGUUUUGGUACUACAUAAGUAAAGGAAGACCUUCUUCUCUUCAAGUGACUUUAAUUUCUAACGACGCAAAAAUGACUUUGUUGACUUCCACUAAGGCAGGAAUCUGGACCUUUGCUCGUUUGCCCAUCAUUCCAUCUUCAGAUUCCUACCAAGUUUCAUUUCUAGGAUUGAAGUCUUCAAAAAUGAUGACAAUUGCCAUAGACGAUGUUGUAUUUCAAACUGACAGUUGUGACAUUAUACCCUGGAAAGUAAACGGCGGCUGUUUAGAGUUUCGCCAAGGCUUUUGUGGGUGGGUCAAUUCCAAGAAGAGCACCACACAAUGGAAGCAAACGAAGACAAAUGAAGAGGCAAGAUUAGCCCAUGUCAAGCCAGGCGUUGAGAAAGAAAGCAGUUACCAACUGAACUUUACCGCUAACCAUAGCGGCUAUGUAAACAUUACUGAUUUGCCUGAUCUCGUGGCUUUCACUGUCUGCUUCUGGAUGAAAUCGUCAGACGAUACCAGUGCAGGCACUCCGUUUUGGUAUAGAGUGCGCUAUGAAAAAAAGGGAAGAUACGUUACUGCGAUUGCGCUAAUCGACUACAGAGGAUUCUAUGUCUACACUGGCGAGACAAAAUCGAAAAGGACCAGUGUCAAAGCAAACGACGGCAAGUGGCAUCAUAUUUGCCUGGCGUGGAAGUCUCCAGAUGGAAUAUUGACCUUCUACUUUGACCAACUACAACUUCAAGGGCGAGGAUUUUCUGCAGGUGAAAAAAUUCCAGGUAAAGGUGAAUUUGUGGUUGGACUUACAAAAGAUCAGGCAAAAUUAGACUCAAAAGCCGGCGAAUUCAUUGGUAUUAUCAGCCACGUUAACAUAUUCCACACAUUUCUCGAUAACCACGUGAUAACCUGGAUGUCGCACGGCUGUGGCGAGGAUUUGAUGAAUACCAUUGUUCCCUGGUCCCAGUUUACGUAUGGUUUCAUUGGAGACGUUAACAUUCAAAGACCAAUGACGUGUAGGGACAAUGAGGGUCUCCGCAUCAUUGUGUUAGCAAACCGAACAUCUCCAUCUCGACAAGUAUCCGUGUUUGAAAGUCCGCUUUAUGAGCGAUCUUAUGAUGCACACAGCAUCUGUGUAUUAUUUAGGUAUAUCAUACAUGGUCCUGGAAUACGUUUCCUUCGUUUUUAUCAACAAAUGGACCUUGCAAACCAUACGAGACGGUUAAUAUGGGCGGCAAACGAGUCUAACAACACGGAAGGAAUAUGGAAGUAUGGCAGAGUAACCCUGCCAAGUAUAACUAAAUACAGAGUUUCUUUUGAAGCAGAUUUGGGCAGGUACCCUGGUUUUGUUGGUGUAAGGGGUUUACAAGUACAGCCUGGAUAUUGCCAUCCAGUCCCACUUAGGGCAACGCAAGGGUGCAAUGGAAAUAUGACCAAUUCAUCAGGCUUUAUCUUCUCUCCACACUUCCCCGGUUAUUAUCCGCCUCUAACUCUCUGUCGCUGGACUAUAAAGGUUGCUCCGGGAAAAAAUAUAAAGCUACGAUUCUUGGAAUUUCAGUUAGAAGAUCAUCCAUCUUGUUAUAGUGACUACAUUGAGGUUUAUGAUGGAUACGAAACUAAAACAAAAAAACUUCUCGGGAGAUAUUGUGGCCUGCGAUUUCCAGACUUUCUUGAAUCAUCGACGAAUGUUAUGUUAAUUAAGUUUGUAAGCAACGACAAAGUUACAAGAUCUGGUUUCAAGAUGCACUACACAUCAGAAGAAGCUCUCCUUGGGAAUUCCAAUUGCGUCAGUUUUGAAGGUUGCCCUUCAAGCUGUGAGUGUAAUAUCAUCUCAUCUAAGCGUCAUGAUAUGGUGAUCACAGUUAAAAAGGGAAGAGAGUUGAAGGCCAUACCAGAAAAUAUGCCUUCUAAUACAGCUGUAAUAUCGUUCCAGAACAAUAGGAUUUCGUAUCUACGCACGAAUCAAUUUUCUGGCCUCUUGAUGUUGACUUACUUGGACUUGAGUCAAAACCGUCUCUUCAGAAUCGAGAAACGAGCGUUUGAACAUGCUGUUUCAUUGCGUUCUUUGAAACUUCAAGGAAAUUUCAUGAGGACUUUACCAGGUGGAAUUUUCCAUAAUGCGUCAAAUCUUCAUACUUUGGACUGUAGUUUAAACUUGAUAGAGGAAAUAUCAUCAACAACACUGGCUUCACUGGCAGCUUUGACUACAUUGAGCUUCAGAGAAAACCGGAUAAAUUAUAUUGAUAUGAAUGCUUUUAAAGGAGCCCGGAAGCUACAAUACUUGUAUCUUCAAAACAAUUUGCUGGAAGAGCUGAGUGAUAAUACAUUCCUGGGCUUAACAAGACUCAAAGUUCUGUCUCUUCGUUACAACAAGAUAAAAAGACUGACUUCCAAGACAUUUGCUGGGCUCACCUCAUUGGAGAAAUUAGAUUUACGGAACAAUUCUAUCAGUUUGAGAGACUUUUCACCUGGUGCCUUCGAUGAACUCCGCAGUCUUAAGGAAAUCUUCCUUGACGAGUUCAUCCUUUGUUGUUACGCUGAAAAAGCAGCCCCUGCUGUCGGAUGCAUUUCGCCGAAAGAUGAAUUUUCUAGCUGUUCUGAUCUGAUGAAAAACAAAGCGAUCCAAGUGUGCAUUUGGAUUUUGGGGCUGACUGCUCUUCUUGGAAAUCUCUUCGUCAUUUUAAUGCGAGUAAUCGUGAAGGAAGAUAACAAAAUACACUCAUUUCUUUUAACGAACCUUGCAAUUUCAGAUCUUCUUAUGGGCAUCUAUCUGCUUAUUAUUGCUGUAAAAGACGUACAAUGGCAAGGGGAAUACUUUAAGCAUGACAUAAAUUGGAGGUCAGGAGUAACGUGUGCAUUGACUGGAGUGCUGUCUAUGUUAUCAAGUGAAGUGUCCGUCCUCAUGUUAACACUCAUUACCACUGAUAGACUAAUCUGUAUUGUUUUUCCUUUCAAAAUGAGACGCAUGAAUCGUGGGAAUGCUUAUAUUAUUGUGGCGGUUAUCUGGAUCUUCGGAACUCUGUUAUCUGUGAUUCCAAUGUUUGGGUUGGAUUAUUUCUAUGACGAUAAACGAUACGUAGGAUUUUAUGGAAAGUCUGCAGUUUGUCUUCCUCUCCAACUGUCGUCAGAUCGUCAAGCUGGGUGGGAAUAUGCUGUGGGGAUCUUUAUUGCCUUAAAUUUUGCAUCAUUUGUUUACAUCCUCACUGCAUAUAUAGUCAUGUUUUUCUCUGUCAGAAAUGUCGCUAAGAAUAUCAGGUCAACGCACAUUAGCAGAGAAUCGCAAAUGGCAAGAAGAAUGGCUUUUAUCAUCCUGACUGAUUUCCUAUGUUGGAUGCCUGUAAUUGUCAUUGGGAUGUUGUCACUGAUCGGAAAAUUUCAUGAUCCUGAAAAGCAAGCUUACAUUUGGAUUGCCGUGUUUGUCCUCCCUGUAAACUCGUCCAUAAACCCUAUACUAUACACAUUUUCCACUCCUUCGGUGAAGAGGAAGGUUACAGAGCAGAAGGACAGGUUGAGAAGUUAUUUUCAAAGAAGUUCACAUCAGUGGGAAGGAUCUCCAGGGUCACGAGGUACUUCACUCAGCUCAUUAGUUCGUGGAAACACGAUCUUCCCAAGUGAGUCACAAAAAACGACUUUGUCAACCUUCAGCCUCUCCCCAAUUCCAAGCAUCUCCUCUCGUCCAUUGGAAGAGAUACCAGAAUGCGAGGAACCUGAAACCGAUUUAAACCUGAUUGAAACACCAAGUGUCUUUUCGGAUGAGACUUCACAUUCGGUGGGUUUUGUUGUGGCGUGGUCUGGAAAGAAAAAAGACGUUUCUUUGCGUUUGGUUAAGUAUUUUUCAAAAGCUAAGGAGGAAUCUUGGAAAAAGGAGACAGAAAUAGCCAAGGAACUCAAUGGAGAUGGCGAAGGGCAUCCAAACAUCAUUAAAUAUUGCUGGAAAGCUCGAACUGAACAAUGCAAGCUACAUCACAAGCGAGGAAAAUUUCUUCGAUUAAAGAAAAGUUGUUUUUUGCUUUGCUAUGACUUUACUUCGAGUAAGACAUUGGCUGAGUUCUUGAAUGACAACCGAGUUACUCUAAACCUGGACCUAGUCUUAGUUGUGGCCAUUGAUUUAAUUUAUGCCAUCGAAUACUUGGAACGAAAGGGUGUUAUUCAUAACGAAAUAACAACUUCCCACGUGCUGAUAGGAAGAGGACUAAGGAUGCCCCCGAUAGCUGCUAUUCUUGGAGGAUUUGGUUCGGCCCAGUUGAUAUCUCGAGACUUUCCUGAAUCUACAAAAACUGAGCAUGAAAGGAAGGACAUAUUAGGGAAAAACAUCCUUCAAUUUGGUUUCUUGUUGAACGAUUUGAUUAAGAGCUGCAACGAAGAUGAAGAGGUGGCACAACUUCGAGAAAUGAUACAAUUGUGCUUUGAACAAGACCCGGAUGUUCGACCAAAAGCUUUGCAACUUCGAGGCCUUCUGGAAGAGCUGUGGUGUCGCAAUGAUAUCUGGGAUACAAAUUUGUAGUUAUUAGCGAUGCAGCG